UUACCACAGCCAGGAUAUUGGGCGCAUUUUCGAUACAUUUCUGCGGUCAGGGUCAUUGAAUUUUAGGGAGUUGGGACUGCUGCCAUUGGCCAAUAACAACGUUGUAAACAUCGCUUACAAACCUCGAUUUUAUCACCCAGGCCUUAAUAUAUAGCAUUUGCUGAACAAUGACAAUCGCUUGUACCUAGUCAUUGAAGUUGAACAAAUGAACUUUUGAUAAUUAAACCCUUAGAUACACAAUUAAAACCGCAUUAGAAUGUUGGGAUCGAGUGCGAGCACAGGUUCUUUUUAUAUGUUUCCUGAGUAACAUGCAUUCCAUUUAUCUACUUUUAUUCGGCAGUUACCUAUUCUGGAGUGUCGUGAGUGAGAUGCUGUUCCACUAUAUUCCUUAAAACCCAUAUAUUUAUAUGUAUGGCAUUUUCCAGCUAAGUGAACCCAACAUCGUCUACAAACUGAAAAACAUCGAGUGCUCCACAGUGCCUGGUUUCUCCGCGAACGCUUCGUGCCGCAUAAGAGCAAUAAAUUGGAACAAGGCGACGGCUGAAAUGGAUGUUUAUCUGCUGAGGACUUUGUACAAUAUAACAAUUCGAUUUCAGAUCCUGAAGAAGGACUACAGCAACCAGUUCCAGCCGUUCCUCGUGGACGUCCUAAUAAACAUGUGCGACGCACUAUCCAGGCGUAACUUUUUACCAUAUGGCUUGAUCAUUCUGAAAAUUAGCAGGACGUUCUCGAACUUCAAUCACUCAUGUCCAUAUCGCGGCCAUUUGAUGGCACGAGGGGCCUACUUGAACGAAUCCUUCUUGCCCAACGUUUUUCCCCUAGGUUUCUACAAAUUAAACAUUACGAUAAUGGAAAACUACAUAACUCCACCGAGCGCACAUGUUGGGGGUAUUGUCUGGUACGUGCAGGUCAUGCAGGCAAUCCAGCCGAAAAAGAAACCCAACAGAGACCUCUACUGAGGCCAACAAAAAGCGCAGAACUAAAUGAAUGCGUAAUGAUUUAUUGCUUUAAAUUUUUAAAAUUGUAUUUUUAUUGUUUAUAAUAAAUAUAUAUAUAUGUAUACGUAAAUAUUAGCUUUAGAAUUUGUAUUAUACAUUAUGUAGGCUACUCGAGUUGCUUUAUUUGUAGCUUUUCCGCUUCGUUAUUAGUUACAGUAUAUCUUACAGAAGUGCAACUCAGUUUUGCUUAUUUGUCUUAGAGUACGUACUACAAGCUAUUUUAAAUCAUUGUCUUCCAUCGGUUAAAGUAUCUCAUCUUAAAGUAUCUUAACCUGGUUUCGCUUAGCCUAAUGUGUGUGUGGUAUCUGCAUUCUUGGGCCGUUGGUUUCGCAA